UAUGUUCAUCCGGCCGUGUGCAAGCGUGUGACAAUCCCACGGUAGGCCUAACCGCAAGAUGACUGAUGUAUGGUCAUCCAGAAUAAGUAGGGACAGGGACAGACCCAUCGAGGAGAGCUGAUGGACAAGCGUUCAUCAGACGAACAAACGACGAGCUUUGGAACAGUCACCAGUAAACUAAUGUCACAUCUCGCUCGCUUCAUUUAUUAAUUUUGGACUUAUAGUAAUUUUGUUGUAAUCAGUUACAGUUGAAUAAGUUAAAAUAAAUCAAACACAUUAUACUAAACACUCGAGAUUUACAUUUAUUCCAUCAUCCUUCAAUCCUAUUGACUGGGGAACGUUACAAUUGGCGCUGUGGACAGGGUAUCUCAAUAGAUACUUAGAGAACAGGAAAAAAAUAAUUUUUAAAAUUUUUUUUCGAAUUUUCGAAAAUUUUUUGAAAUUUUUUCUUCAAUCUAAGUCCAUUCAAGGAGGCAAUUUCUUCAUCGAAACACCGUUGGGAGACCGAUCACCUACCAACAACUCCGAGAAAGGACCCUGUACAAGUAACAAUUACUAGUCAAUACGUCGAAGCAAUGGAAUUGCCAGCGAGAAAGUCAACAAUCAUACCAGCUGCGUUGUUGUUGUUCUGCAUUCCCAUCAUCCAAGGACAACUACCGUAUUAUAAUGAAGAAUUUAAAAAUGAAACAGCUAUAUUUUUCGAAAAUCAAGGUGAAUUAAGAAUUGUGGGAGCUCAAUGGGAACUAGUAACAUACAUACCGUUAGAGAAUUAUGAUAACAGAUAUGACGCUUUAUUAAAUGAAAUUAAUAAUAUGACAAACCAUUGUAAAGAUAUAUUAUCUGAAUAUGAGAUAUGUUCAAGGUUCGCACAUGUAUUAAAAACAAUGUUUAUGGAAAUAGCUUCACAAAGGGAACAAAUGUAUGAAUCUAUAGGUAGAUAUAUAAAUACCGAUGAUAAGGAAACGGUAAUUAGAAAAAGAAGAGGGUUAAUAAAUAUUGUAGGAACUGCGAUGAAAACUUUAUUCGGGGUGUGUGAUGAUGAUUGCACCAGAGAAACAAAUAAAAAUAUCGAAAAAAUGGAAACUAGUAAUGUAAACAUGUUGCAUAUUUUAAAAAGUCAAACUACAGUAGUAAAAUCAGUUGUACAAGGAAUAGGGAACAGGACCACAGAAAUGAAUAAGUUAUAUGUCGAGUUAGGAGAAAAACAGGGGGAAAUAUACAAAAAAUUAAAUGAAGCGGCAAAUCAUACUCAUACGUUAGAAACUUUGAAACUUAGCAAUAGAAUACACAGCAUAUUCACUGCAUUAAUUACACAAUUUUCUUAUGAAACCACCACUAUAAGUGCAAUAAUAACAGCAGCUAGAACAGGGAUUCUGCAUCCAAGUCUAGUAACUCCAAGAGAAUUAGGUAGACAAUUAACCCAGAUUAAAUUAAACUUACCAGUCAAUUUGAAUUUACCCAUGGGGACUAAAGCAAACGAAAUAUAUGAGUUAAGUAAAAUAACUAAGAUGGCCGUGUAUUACAGUGGAAAUCAGAUAGUGUUCUUAAUUAAAAUACCAUUGAUAACAGAACUAGAACUAACAUUAUUCAAAAUUAUACCAAUUCCACAUAGAUUUGACUUUAAACAUAGUGUAAUAUUAAAGCCAGAAUUUCAGUACGUAGGAAUAACUAAGAAUAGAAGACAGUUUACAACCUUCACAGAAACACAAUUGUUAAGCUGUAUAGCUACCGAAAUUUUCAAUAUAUGUCCAGAAUUCCAACCUAUUCAACAUGAAUCUGUUAGACAACCAUGUGAAAUUUCAUUAUUUAAGAAUCCUGAUGUGUUACCAAGCAACUGCGAAGCAGGAAUCAUAGUGAUAGCAAAGAAUAUUUAUCAUAAGUUAAAGUAUGCAAAUACAUGGAUUUACACCACUAACAAUGAUACAUUAACCAUAACAUGUCAAGGGGAACAAGAGCCACAUAUAGUAAAAUUAAGAAAUCAGGGUUUAAUCAACUUAAGUCAAGAGUGUAGGGCUUAUGCUAGUGAUAUAGUUUUAAACCCCACGCGGGAAGUAAAAUCCAAAUAUUAUGUAAACUUUAUACCUAAACUAGGGAUAGGUAGUUUGAAUAUUAAAAUUCCAAAACUAAACACAUUAGCAAUUCCUAAAUAUACCCAAGGUCAUGAUUUACUAAGAUUAGAUAACGUUCACGAAUUAGCUCAUUCCCUGAAUGAUAUACAAACGAUGGUAGAAAAAGAAGAAGAUAGGCAAGGCGGAGAAGCCGACCAAAAUAAGCAUUAUUUGAUAUAUGUUCUAAUAGGAUUACUAUCAUUUUCUUUAAUAUUAAUUCUGUUGAUAUACGUAAUGUACCUAUACGCUAGGACUCUAAAAAGGAAUAAUAAUACUAUGAGGGUAAGAACAAUUAAAGAACCACUUAGUGAGGGUAAGUUCUACAAACAAACAAUUUAUGAACCAAUGAGGAAAAAAUUAUCAUACAACGAGCAUGGACCUAUAGUAAACCGUAAGUUGUAUGAGAGUAAAGAGGAAUUACAAGAAACCUCAUUUUUGAAUACUAAUGACAGGAAUAUAGGUAGCAAUAAUACUAAUGCUAGUAAUUUACCAGCAAUAAUAAGUAAUUAAGAAAAAAAAAAAUUGAAUUAAUAUAAAAUAAAUGUAAUGUAAAUAUUAUAGUAUAAGUAAGUAACUAAUU